AUGUCGGCGUCGGCGCGCCAUCCAUCACCGACGGCUCGCACGCCAGCGCAUCCAUCCUCGUCGUCACAGGCACCGCCCGCCUCGUCCCAUGCCAUCGGGGAGCUAGCCAGCCGUGUUGACGGCCUUUCCGACACGGUCAACAGUCUCGCUGCUGCAGAUGCAACGCUGCACCAACGAGUGGCCGACAAGCCCGACUGCGAGCAUCAGUGUCCGCGAGAGGACUUCUUCGACCUGAUUGAGAGCCACCUCCGCGACCCCCAGGACCAGAGUUCUGAACUCGGGCGCGCGUUCAACGAGGGUGUCGAGGAGCUGGUCGACGAGAAGGUUGCCGCGGGGUUUAAGCAAGCGCGGCAUGACGACUUCAAACUCCACGAUGCUUGUCAACGGCGUCUGGCACGCGACGAGGGGCGCCAGCAACAGCUCGGCAACGAGCUCGAGGAGGCCGAUGACAAUGUCGAGAGGCUCACCCGCCGCCUCGACGCGUUCACUGAGCUGAAGGUGUCGCACGCUGAGGCCGAAACUCGGGCGCGCAUAGCCACAGCCGAGGCCAACGCCGUCGCAGCGGCUUUCGACCGACAGAGGGCCGAGCUCGAAGCCGAGAGUUCUCGUGCGAGCAUCCGGCUCAACAAUGCCCUUGCUCGACGGUAUGAGUUGGGCAAUGAAGCUUAUUAG